AUGAAGCCGAAGGAAUCAGCAGAGAUGAUGACUUUGGUUGAUGAAAAUCCACCCACCAACAAACAACUUGAAUUGGUCAAGCAGAAACAAGAUGACAAAAAGCUCACUCAGCGGGGUCAAGACAAGUCAAGUGCUCAGGUUCACUUUGCAACAAAAACUAUGAACUAUGCCAAGAAUCCUUAUAAAAUGCCAAGUGACACAGACAUUUUUGAAUUACGUGAAAAGGAAAGAAUUGCCAAGAAAGUGGAACGAGCUGAGCAAAGAAAGUUAAAAGCACAUGAAAAGACAACAUAUACCCAGAAAAUCAAAAAUCGAACGAGGACAAUUUCAAAAAUAGAAAUAACAGAUGAAGAAGAAGACAAGCUGCCAGCAGUCGAAGAUGAUCCGACUCGUACUGCAGCUAUUAUUCAUGAUCGAAAAAUUGGAAAGGAAACCUUAAAUGACUACAUCACCAAAAAACGGGAAAUGUUCCGUGUACAAUAUGCAAUUGGUGUGAUGCAUGCUGAGAUGAAAAAACUUGAUGAGAUUGCCCAAGCAGAGGAAAGAAAAUUAGAAAUGGCUGAGCAGUAUUUAGAAGAAGAUGCCUCCACAUUUGAUGAGUUUCUCAAGGAAAAUGACAAGAACUCUGUUGAAGCAGUAAAAAUAGCAGAGCAGGAGACUAAAGAAAAACUUGAGAAGGUGGCCGAAAUAAAGAAAAUCAACACAACAAUAAUGUCACUAAGGUCAGAUAUCUCAAAGUCAGAGGACACGCUAAAAGAAUACAAACUCUAUAAGAACUUCCUUGAAUCAAUUUCACCAAAGGAAUGGAAGGAAAAACUCUCUAAGAAGCGAAAAGAAAGAAGGAUAAAAAAAGAACAAGAAAAGAGGACUUCAUCUCGUCCAAGUAGCUUCAAGUUAAGGUUAAUGGGAAAAACUCCCACAAAAGAAGAAUCUAAAAUGUCCACAGUCGUCAGAAAGUCAACUGGUACAGAAAGUAUUAUUUCAAGUCUUGAUGGAUUCACCAGUGACAGUGAUGAGGAACUGGAGCUGUAUUUCACAGAACCACAGCAGGUACUGGAUAUUUUUAGUGAGCUUGAAGAACAGAACUUGUCCCUGAUCCAAAACAGCCAAGAGACGGAAGUUGUUUUAGAAGAAGUACAACAGGCGUUCAGGGAAAACAAACUGAAAAUGGAGACUGAAUCAAAAUUGUUACAGGAGCAGAUAAACAAGGUGAAAGCGAAAAUUAUGCAAGAACAAGAGAAGUCAAAUGAGCUGGAAACUAAAGUCAAAAUGUUCUCCUCAACUGGAGAUGCACUGAUGGAAGACCAACAAGCUCUUUUGACUGAACUUAAGAAAAAAGUGGAGCAAGUUUAUCGAGGAAUUAUUGGAAGUAAUGAAGCUAACAUUGACACUCUUCAGAUGUUGAAUAACAUAGAAAACAGACUGGAAGAACUAUUUGAUCUUGUGGAAUCAUUGCCUCCUGACAAAGUAGAAGCUGCAAAAAAAGCUAAAGAAAAAGAAAGGCGACUCAAAAUGAAAGAAGAGAAGCUCAAGUUAUUAAGAGAACAUCAGGAAGAACGCAUCAGAAAAUCACUGGAAAGAGCCAAAGCAGAACCCAAAAAAAUUACUGGCAAAAAGCUUAUGUUCCGUUCAGAGCCCCCACGAAUGAAAAAGAAACAAGACAAGAAGUUAGACCAUACAACACGAGAAGAAGAGGAAUUAGCUUACUUUUUCUCAGUCUGA